AGUUAGUUAGCUAGCAGCUAACAUAUUGGGGCUACAACCUCCAUUCAAUCAAUUGCUGGCUAUAUUUUUGUCGUUAUAAUGAACCGUAAGCCUCAUGUUGCAGUGCUGCCAAAUCUUGGGCUUGGGCAUCUCAUCCCUCAGUUGGAGUUCGCUAAGCGCCUGGUGGUUCACCAUGGUUUCCAUGUCAGCUUACUCCUCAUUACCACCAACGAACCCUCGCCUGCACAGGACCAACUCCUUUCCUCUUCUCACCUCCCUCCUGAUCUCCACAUCGUCCCACUUCCUCCCGUUGAGGUCGAUAAAAAGAUCAUCAAUGACGGUGAUGUUCUAGUCCUAACCCGACUCUGUGUCAUUACAGACCACAGUCUUCGAUCUCUCAAGUCAGUCCUCAUUGCCUUAGGCAAACCAAAUGCUCUAGUUACCGACAUAUUCGCUACACAAGCCUUUGAUGUUUGUAAAGAAUUGUUGAUUCCUACUUACGUGUAUGUUACUACCUCUGCUGCUUUCUCUGCCUUCAUGUUAUAUUUGCCAAAGCUUGAUAGUGAUGUUAAUUGUGAAUUCAUUGAUCUUCCCGAACCGAUUCAGGUCCCGGGUUGUAGUCCUAUACGAACCCACGACCUGUUAGACCAGGCUCGGAACAGGAAGAUUGAUGAGUACAAAUGGUUGUUGCAUCAUUUUAGUAGGUUGCCAUUAGCCUCUGGUAUAUUUGUCAAUUCUUGGAAGGAUCUUGAACCUGUGUCAAUCAAAAGUAUAAAAGAGAACCCCUUCUUCAAGCAGAUACCAACGCCUCCUAUUCACCCCAUUGGACCCAUUAUCAAGCAAGAAGAAACACUAAGCGUAGUUGAUGUAGAAUGUCUAAAGUGGUUGGAUAAGCAGCCACCUGAUUCUGUUAUCUUCGUGACCUUUGGCAGCGGUGGGACUUUGUCAUUCGAGCAACAAACUGAGUUGGCAUGGGGUUUAGAACUCAGCCAACAAAGAUUCAUAUGGGUGGUGAGGAAGCCAACGGAUUCCACUGGUGCAGGUACAUUUUUCAAUGCUGGAGAAGCGAAUGAGAAUGACCCCAAAGUUGAUUUGCCUGAAGGGUUCUUGGAUAGGACUCAAGGUGUGGGAUUCGUGGUGUCAUCAUGGGCUCCACAAGUUACCAUACUUGGCCAUCAUUCUACAGGUGGAUUCUUAUCUCAUUGCGGCUGGAACUCAGUAUUGGAAAGCAUUGUUCAUGGUGUGCCAUUAGUCACAUGGCCUCUUUACGCCGAGCAAAGAAUGAACUCAACAAUGCUAGUGGAGGAUAUUGGAGUGGCUAUCAAGCCAAAAAUGGAGGCAGGGCAGCAGACCAUUGUUGGACGAAAAGAGAUAGAGAGAGUGGUGAGGAUGGUGAUGGAGGGUGAAGAAGGGAAGGUUAUCAGGAGUAGGGUUAAGGAACUGAAAGAAAGUGCUACCAAGGCAUUGGAUUCUAGUGGAUCCUCUUAUGAGUCGCUUUCUUGUGUUGCCAACUACUGGAAGGCUAACCAUAACUAGUCAAUGAAACCAUUAGACGCAAAGAAAAAGGAACAUCUUCUUGCAAUCAACAUAAAAUGUUCCUUAUUCCAUGUUGUUGUUUGAUAUCUAUGAGGGACAUAUAUUACCACCUAGCAUAAUAAAUAAAUGUCCACGUCCGUUGGUUUUAUUA